AUGAAGAAUUUGGAGGAAAUGAAUCGCCCCAUCACAAAGAUGCGCAUCAAGAGAAAGAAAACACGUGAAUGGCUUCGCACCUACGGGCAACCGACUCCUCACCUCACAGCAGUUCUCCAUGCUGUCGACAACACGGGAGCAGCCGACCCUGUGUCAAGAAAUCCACUGUUAUGGAAUGAGCUCCUACUGGAUGGAGAAAAGAUGUUGAUUGAAAUGAGGCACAAGUUAUACCUGGAAGCUGGCUCCAAGUCCACAAGGGCACUUUCAACCAGGCAUGCACAGAACGAGCGCGAAAUUCAAAUUCUGGAUGCAGCGCAAAAUAUGUUAUGGAGCAACGCCAUCACAAACGACUUGCGAGGAGUGAGACAUCUUGUCAAGAAGGUUGGUAUCGAUGUCAACAUCGCAGAUCCCAAGUUGGAGCAGACUGUUUUAUGGCCACGAGUUUGCAUCUUGCUGCCGGAAAAGGAAACGUCUGGGUGGUUGCUGCGAUAUGGAGCUGAUCCCAAUGCGAGAACUGUGGAUGGGCACACCCCGCUUCAUUGGGCAGCAAGCAAGGGGUACGGCGAGGUUGUACGGCGGCUUGUUCGAGCAGGUUCAGGAGCAGAUAGCUCGCUUGAGAUGAGCCUCAGCUUGCUGGCAGGAGGAGAUCUGUCCGCAGAGACUUACGAGGCGAAGGCCGCCAUCAUCAACGGCCACGUUCUCUUGUCGGAAGAGAUCCGCGACCUGGCGGGGAUCAAACAUCGAGCCAUCCGUUAG